AUGUUCCUAGUAACCUACAUCGCAACUGUAGUUGGGAACGCCCUCAUCGUGGUGCUCAUUGUGGCUGAUCAGCACCUUCACACCCCCAUGUACUUCUUCCUGGGGCACUUGUCCUGCUUGGAGACCUGCUACACUUCCACCUUUCUGCCCAGGUUGCUGGCCAGUCUCUUGACUGGGGACAGAACCAUCUCAGUCAGUGGCUGUUUCACACAAAUGUAUUUCUCUGGUUCCUUGGCAGCUACUGAAUGCUAUCUCCUAGCAGCUAUGUCUUAUGAUCGGUAUUUAGCUAUAUGUAAACCCCUGCACUAUUCAGUUCUUAUGAAUACCAAGUUUUGCCUACAAUUGGCUGCUGGGUCAUGGUUCAAUGGUUUUUUGGCGAUUACCAUCUUUGUCCUAUUCAUAUCACAGCUAAUAUUCUGUGGGCCAAACCAAAUCAACCAUUUCUAUUGUGAUCCCAUUCCACUGAUGGAACUGUCCUGCAGUGACACACGCCUGAUGUUAUUGUUCAAUUUCAUUUUAAUUUCUGUAUUCACCCUGCCACCAUUCCUACUAACCUUGACAUCCUACGUGUGUAUUGUUGCCAGCAUCCUGAGAAUUCCUUCCACCACCAAAAGGCAAAAGGCCUUUUCCACCUGCGCAUCUCACCUCAUAGUGGUGACAAUUUUCUAUGGAACCCCAAUGAUUGUCUACAUGCUACCGAAACGUAAUACACUGAGAGACCUGAACAAAGUGCUCUCUCUUUGCUUCACAGUCCUGACUCCCCUGGUUAACCCUCUCAUCUACAGCCUGAGAAACAGAGAGGUCAAGGAAGACUUGCGCAAAGCAGUCAGUAAAUGUGGUUUUCAAGAAAACCAUGCAGAGACUCCGAGAUAA